AUGAGCAUGGCCCCGCCGGAAGGUGUCCCACACCGUCCAACCAUGCGGCGAAAGUCUUCGGCACAAAAUCUCCUCUCCUCCUUCAAAACGAGCAGCAACACCACACAGGCGCUGCCAUCUGGGAGCCUUUCCUCCGCAACAGGCAUGCAGUUCGCGCCCCUGCCUACGCCGGCAGUUUCGAGUGCGAGAGAUUGGGACGUACAGUCGCUCCAGUCGGAAUCGGUCGGGUCGUCGGGGGGAACGUCAAUCGCCACGAAUGGGAGCGCUUCGCUCGCCCAGGGGACGUCGGUCGAGAUGUUGCGGGAGCUGGUGCGCAAGCGCAUUAUCACGCUCACCUAUCUGCGGAACGUGCACGAAGGGCGGAGUCAUUGGUUCCACACGAUCAUGAUCACACGCGCCGAGCUCGACCGAGUGUUUGCGAACAGCGUGAUGAAGAACAGGACGUACCGGUUCGCGAUGCUCGGCAUGGCGCUGGCCAACCUGUUCGACGUCAAGGAGCCGCAAGACCUUCUGCGGGGGCUGUCAAACGCGCUCAACGAGUACGACCAAUCGAAGGAGGACAGCGACAAGCCGAAGAUGCGUCUGUUCAGGACGAAGCCACAGAAGCGGCAGCCCGGGGUGACGGACUACGCGAUAUCGACGUUCGCGGACCCGUCCGAGUCAUCGUACAUGCAGAUGCCUCAUGUCCCUUUCCCGUUUGAUUACCAUCAGACGCUUCUCUCGCUGCUGGACGUUCUCUCAGAGGUGUACAAUAAAAUCUCGAAGAUCCUCGGGCCGUCGCCAUUCCCCAGCUCCGGGCAUCAUAUGAUGGGGCCCCUGGGAUUACUCUCGCCCCACCCGGGUGUGUCGUACCUCUUCGCUGGGGCAGACGCUGCGCCCACCAACGAUGGCGAGAGUAGUCUCUGGGGCAUCGCGCACGCCACCGGGCCAGGGCCGGGAACACCGGGGCUGGUGGGGGCAGCUAUGUAUGGGGGAGCGUUGGGCAGCCCGCCGCCCAGUUGGAACUCAGCGCUCGGCGACACAGUGAAGCAAAUUGAUAACAGGCUCAAGAAACUCGUCGCGAUGCUGCUGAAAGAGCUUGACGAUUGUGCGCGAGCGGGCAUCAAGGACGAGCUGGCCUCUCUGGAUCCUCUGCUACGGCACGUUGCUGUCCCGGAGGACGCCCGCGAGUAUGACCUCGAGCCGUAG